CAUUCCUCUCAAUAAAUAAACACCCCCCACACCCACCCGGUAGCACAACCCCUCGCACCCUGGCGACUCCUCCACCGGGUAUCACAGCUCCAAGUCUCGUCCCUCUCGUCGGCCAAAUGACGUAUCAAACCUAGAUAUAUGCACACAAAUACCCCAUUCCCAUUCCAUAAUCCAUAUUGUGCAUCCGGCUGCAAACAAUCAUCUCCGCGGAUCGCGGCUCCUCGUCGCCCAACAAUUGUCUCCGGGAGAAUUGAAACAAAGUGCUGGUGUUUGUGCUGGGGAGUGUGUGCAUGGGUUUGUGUUCACGUUCGUCAGGGCGUGUGCAUGCAUAACAGAUACGUAUACGGGAUUCCAGAGUGACGCGGGAAUAGGACAGACCGGAUGAUGGACUGACAGGGAAACCAAAGUAGAACACAUGAGAAGAGAGUAAAGGAAUUCACUCGGUGGUGGGGUGGAGCCAAUUAAGCUUGGACAAGAUAACAGACAUUUGGGUGAAUCUGAUACAGCUAAAAUGCCUGCUAUACCCAGGCCUGGUAGUCUCAAGGAUCCUGAGAUUGCCGAGCUGUUUGAGAAGAAUGAUCCCGAGAAGAUAUUCGAGGAUCUCAGGGAGAUUGGACAUGGGAGCUUUGGGGCUGUUUAUUAUGCACGAUGCCUACUCACCAAGGAAAUCGUUGCCAUCAAGAAAAUGUCGUAUUUGGGGAAGCAGACUGUCGAUAAGUGGCAGGAUAUACUCAAGGAGAUAAGAUUCCUGAGACAGCUGAAUCACCCCAAUACUAUUGAGUAUAAGGGGUGCUAUCUGAGGGAUCACACAGCAUGGCUCGUUAUGGAGUAUUGUGUUGGCUCAGCCUCCGAUAUAAUUGAAGUACACAAACGACCAUUAAAGGAGGACGAAAUAGCAGCAAUUUGUGAGGGUGUACUGCGUGGCUUGCAUUACCUCCACUCUCUUGGUAGAAUACAUCGUGAUGUCAAAGCUGGGAAUAUACUGUUGACUGAAAAUGGCACUGUCAAACUCGCUGACUUUGGCUCCGCCAGUAUAAAGUGCCCGGCCAACAGUUUUGUGGGGACACCGUACUGGAUGGCACCUGAGGUCAUUCUCGCCAUGGACGAGAGCCAGUAUGAUGGCAAGGUCGACGUCUGGUCGUUAGGAAUCACGUGUAUAGAAUUGGCGGAGAGGAAGCCACCGUAUUUCAACAUGAAUGCUAUGAGUGCACUGUAUCACAUUGCCCAGAAUGAUACGCCAACGUUAAAUUCACCAGACUGGUCUGAUGUUUUUGGGAAUUUCGUGGAAGCCUGUUUGACGAAGAGCCCCAAUGAGAGACCAUCGUCUGGUAAACUAUUGUCGCAUGGAUUCGUAACGAGAACGCGCUCCCCUCAAGUCCUGAUCGACCUGAUUCAGCGUACAAAAGGGGCAGUUCGUGAGCUGGACAACCUGAACUACCGUAAAAUGAAGAAAAUCCUGAUGAUCGAUGCAUGCGAGAGCGAGAGCCAAGUGGGAGAUGCUGACGACACUCCGGACGAGCAGACAGGUGGUGACAGCAGCAAGAGCAACUCCAUAACAUCAGAGCACUCGAUCCACUCGAUGGGGGUAUCAGCGAGCUCCCAAAGUUCCUCCACCAACAGUCUACCACUGCCGAAUGUAAACGACGCAAACGACUACUCCUCAGGCUCAGUGAGGAAUCGUCACAAGAUAUCAGCCGGGGUCACUGCCAAUUUACUCGAGCACGGUGCCAAUAAUUUUGCAACAAUAAGGACAACAUCGAUUGUCACUAAGCAGCAGAAGGAGCACAUGCAGGAGGAGAUGCACGAGCAGAUGUCUGGCUACAAGAGGAUGAGGAGGGAGCACCAGGGUGCCCUCGUGAAGCUCGAGGAGCGCUGUAAAAUGGAAGUGGAGUCACACAAACAACUACUCGACAAGGAGUACGAGACACUCCUCCAGCAGUUCAGCAAGGAACUCGAGAAACUCCAGCUCAGGCAUCUGCAGGAGCUCGAGAGGAAGUUAAAGCAGAAUCAAAAUGCCGAGAAGAAGCUCCAGAAGGAGAUCAUGAGCAGGCAGGAGGCAGAUCGCAAGGCGCUGGAGACCCAGCAGAAACGAGAGUACAAGGCGUACAAGGAGAGGUGGAAAAGGGAGCUCUCCCAGGAUGAGGUCACACCCAAACGUCAAAGGGAUGCUACACUUCAGAGCCAGAAGGAUAAUCUUCGUCAGAUGGAGGCGCAGGAGGAGCAGCGACUCGCUAGGGGACAGCGGGAGUAUCUUGAUUUGGAGAUACGAAAAUUUCGGAGAAAAAAAUUUCUCAUUUUUCAUAGUCUCGAGCAGGAGCUUCUGCGUGAGGAACUGAAUAAACGCCAACAACAGUUGGAGCAGGCGCACGCGAUGUUACUGAGACACCACGAGAAAACCCAGGAAUUAGAGUAUAGACAACAAAGAGCAGUGCAUUCACUGAGAGAGGAGCAAAUACAGCGCCAACAUGCCACUGAACUUUGCAAUCAGCAGGAGUACAUGCAGCGGGCUGAACGUGAUCUGCGGAAGAAGCAUGCACUUGAGUUGAAGCAACAGCCCAAGAGUUUGAAGCAGAAGGAGAUGCAGAUUAGGAAGCAGUUCAGGGAGACGUGCAAGAUACAGACGCGUCAGUACAAGGCACUCAAGGCCCAGAUACUCCAGACGACGCCCAAGGACGAACAAAAGGCGGUUAUUAAAAAAUUGAAGGAGGAGCAGAGGCGAAAGCUGGCGCUGCUUGGGGAUCAGUAUGAGCAGAGUAUCGCGGAGAUGCUGCAGAAGCAGAGCAUCAGGUUAGACGAGUCACAGGAGGUCGAAUGCCAUCAUCUUAAGGAGAGGCUCAAUUAUGAACUAGAGAUAUUGAUGGCAUAUCAGUCAAAGAAUAAAAUGCAGGCUGAGGCCCAGCGUAAUCGUGAGCGGCGUGAACUAGAGGAUCGUGUGUCAGUGAGACGAGCUCUCCUAGAACAAAAAAUGGAACUAGAGACUCAGGAAUUCCUUCAAGAACGUAGCGAAAGGAUACGUUUGUUGCAUGAGAGACAGGAACGUGAGUUACAACAAUUUGACGAGGAGAGUGCGAGAAUUGGAUUUAGUGCUCUAGCGAUUGCCGAAGCAUCUAAAGAGUCUUACCCAGACGACGAGAGCCUGAGUGGUUCAAUGUUGAGUCUAGCCCACAGCAAUAGCUCCACGUCAUUUCCUCCAAGUAGUCUUUAAUUACAAUAAUCGUCAAUAUACCUAAUACGGCCACACGUUCAACAACGACUCUUGCACUACAAUGAGUCGAUAGUACAGUGGGACUAAUUACUAUUAUUUCUUUAGUUUAUUUUUUUUAUAUAGAAACUCGAGUCAGUAGUUAAUUGGUAAAAUGAUGAUAAAUUUUAAAUACAUUUGGGGGGGAUUCUUCUGUGAAUAUUUGUGGGGUGAGGUAGAAAUUUCAGAUGACCUUUUUUGUGGUGAAUUUAAUGAACUGUGAGAAAGGUAUUUAAUAAAAUUUGAACCAUUUGUCUCAGGGAUAUUUGCAAAAUAAAUGUUUUUGAAACUUGCACUUGAAAAACUUUUGAAAUAAUUUGGCAAAUAUCUUGGCAACUGCUGGGUUCAGGAAAAAUGUCAAAAUACAUUUCUUGCAAAAAGGUUUCCUGACAUUUCUCCUCGGAACAGCUUGGUUCAAACAUAUUUACAAAACAAUCUGCUCUUUACCAUUUCACCACUGGAGUUAACAUUGACAAAACUCACCGCAAGAUUCAUUAUUCAUUGAGAAGAAAAAAAAAUGUCUCUGUAUGAGAACGCUAGCGUAAUUGUGUACGUGUGUAGUAUCCUGUCGAGUCCUCCAUUGAGAACAAAUUACCUUCCUUUUAAUAAAUUGCCCGCUCCUUCCUCACGACAAACAGUGAAAUGAAUCCAAAAUUGAGAUGAAAUGAAGAGACAGACUCCGACGACCACAAUGGGAUCCAUUAUCUGGCCAUCAUCUGCUUCGAGAUCACCCUCUUGUAUAAUUUGUGUUCAUGUCAUAGUCGAAUAAUCGAGAAUCAGUUGAUUGGGCCACCUCAUUCGUUCCCAUAAUUUUCGAUCAUCAGCACAAAGUCUUGUAACUAAAAUAAUCACUAGUGAAGUGGUGGGGGAAAUAACAUCACGUCGAAUAUUUCAAAGUUCUCAGGACUUUUCCCUUUGAAAUCCACUGCUCUCGAGAUAUUCUCAGAAUUAUUAGAAGAGUCACAAAUUAUGAAAAAUUCCAAGCCCAUUAUUCUAAAAGAGUCUCCAGAACAAGUGGAUUUGCUAAAGAAUUUUUUUAGUGCAGAGAUUUUUUUGACAUUUCCCCCUAAAACUCAGCAUUCUCUGGGUAUUUUCAAAAUUAUCCGAAAAAUCAAUUCUAUGAUAAUUAAAAAACUAUUAUCACUAGUUGAAAAAAAGAAUCAAAACUCUCAGGAGAUGAAAUCCUCGCUCUUUACCACUUCACUACUGUAACAAUCGUAAAUGUGAAAGAUAUUUUCCAAUUUUGACCACCACUUUGUCAUAAAUUUCCAUUGAAUACCUUAAGCAUAAGCGAGAACUCAUCGAUGUAUUGUUGUAAUCCCACAUUGUGCCACCAUGAAUUAUAAACAUAAUUCACGUAACAAUUGGAAUUACAUUGAGGUGCAAUACGCUAAGUCGUGGGCUCGGUAAUUUUACGAAUGAAAAUUUUUACGCUUAAUUGUAAUGAGUGUUCAAUAACGAACACAUUAGGCUACAAAAUUCUUUUUUAUUACUCAAUCUUCUGUUCAAUAAUUCCCUUUUUUUCUUUUAAUAUGCUGUGAUGUUACUUGACAAAAUUAAAAGAAAAAAGAAAAUAAUAAUUAUAAUAACAAUCAUCUGAAUCUCAAUGUUGUCGUCAAGCGUCGUGUACAUAGUGUCUACCGACUAUUUUAUAGGCAAAAGUUGGGAUUAAUUAAUUCACCAAUUGAUGAUAAACGAUUUGAGAGGCCAGAGACAGCGUUUUAGGUAAAAAAAAUGAUUUAAUUAUGAAGAAUAACUAGUGACCACAAUAAUUGGUCAACUCCAGUUACGUUGAUUACCACGAGAAUGACAUUUGUUUGUAUUAUAAGUAAUUCCUGCGAGUAUAUAUCAAUCAACUAUUAAUAGAUUAAAUACAGUUCCAUUAAGUGAAAGAUAAAAAAGCAAAAAGUAAUUAACGAUAUGAUAAUAAUAUGAUAAUAUUAUCAGCAAAAACAAUAAUAAUAUUCUAACGAUAGAACGAUUAA